UUUUAUUCUGUUGGGUUUUAAAGGCAUAAUUAUAAAGAAAUUUACUAUUUUUCUCGGGGCUACAGUGUCGGCCCUCUCCUAAAACCCUUUUCCUCCUGCUCUUCUUCCCCACAGUCCAAAACCCAUUGCCCUUUUUCCCUCCCCAGAUCAUCGCUUAGUUUCUUUGUGGCACACAAAAGUUCUGGGGAUUUGACAGGAACUCAUUAGAAGUGCUGUGUUGGACUUAGCCAAGAGACCGGGAUGGCACAGUGGGCUGGUCACAAGCAAGUUGGGUGCAUAAGUGAGAAGGAAGAAAUCAAACCUCAACUUUUAUCAAGCAUAGCUGAGGAAGUAGAGUCAAAGUAUGAAAUUAAAGAAGCUGUUAAAGAUGAAUCUUUGGCAAUAUCAGAAAUUAGGAAGAAAAAACGACUGGGCCGUAGUCAACUUAGAGAAAUGAAAGCAGCAGAACGUGUAAAGGAAAGGCAGAGCAUUAGCUACAGUAUUAGGCAAAGUAAGCGAGAUUCAAAGAAGCUCAAGGGUGUAGAAAGAUGGUCUGCUGAGAGGUAUAAGUUGGCUGAGCAGAGUAUGUUUGAAGUCUUGAAGGCUGAAGGAGCAACUUUUGGGAACCCAAUUUCCCGUCCUGCACUGAGAACUGCUGCUCGUAAACGCAUUGGUGACACUGGACUGCUAGACCACUUACUGAAGCAUAUUGAUGGUAAAGUGGUAGGGACUGAGCGGUUCCGCCGUUGCUUCAGCCCAAAUGGAGUGAUGGAGUAUUGGCUAGAGAGUGCUGAACUGGUUAAAAUUCGGCAGGAAGCUGGCUGGCAGGAUCCUUUCUGGGUUCCACCAAAUAGGUGGCCAAGCUGUGGUCCUUCCCAGGAUUCUGUUUCUGCUGGAGAACUAAUGCUGCUUAAAACAGAAAUGGUCAACCUGAAAAGAGAUAUGCAGGAGCUCAUAUCCAAGAAUCAAGAACAAGAUCAAGCUGAGGUGGUGCAUAAGGAUUUGGUGAAAUAUAAAGCUACAGUCGAUGCACACCUGCAGGAGAUUAAAAAUUCUUUGGUGGGUAUGAAGGGGAUGCAUGAGGAAUUGAUAGUAUGGAAAGCUCAAGUUGAGCGACAGCUGGUUGAAAUUAAAAACUCCUUGAGCAGUAUAGAGCAAUUAAAGCAGGACACUGCCUUUAGUCCUCCGGCUUCUGAAAGAUGGGAAGAUUGGCUUGAGAGUAGUAAUCUGAAUAAUAUCCAGGGGUAUGAAUUCUUUUAUAAGAGCACAGAUCCAGUUAAUUUCAAGCAAGCGGUUGCAGUGCAAAAUCCAUGCUCAGCCCUACCACCUCAGAUGGUGCCUGGUGAUAGCUCCUCUGAGGACCCUGUUUGUGCAAGAGAUCUAGAGCUAUUCAAUGAUGAAAUGGUCAAAACGAAGAGUAGAGAUGUGCGAGAGAUGGUGCCCAAGAAUCAAGAGGAAGAUCAUACCAAUGUGACCCCAGAUUCUUCUGCUACUGCCAAUUCAAAGUCAGAGCUUGAUAACUCAUUAAUUCCAUUUCAGGAAAUGAUUAUGGAGCUGUUUAAGUGGAAGGAUAAGAUGGAGCAGCGUCUGGAGCAGAUAUCAAAUUCUGUGAGCUAUAUGCAGGCAUCAAACCAAAUAGAUUUUCUUAUGCCCUUCAGCUGUUAGAAGAUGGAAAAAAUAGGAUAGGAUGUCAGUCUGUUCCAUAGUCUGGAAAGCCAUAGAUACCUUUUAGACUAGUAGGAUGUAGACGUUGUAUAGCAUUUACAAGUCGAAUGCAUGACUCCCUAGUUCAAACUUUUAGCUGGUAGGAUCCUUGUCUACUCUACAUGAUGAGUCAACCUGCUAAUUUAACGAGUAAAUUUGUCAAAAACCUUGACUUAAUUAGGAGGUGUAAAUUGUGGAUAUUCCGCCUUUUAACUGGGAUGGGGCAUAAGAAGUUGGUUCCAUUUAUGGAUGGUGUAGUUUCUCAUUGAAUGUGCUUUUUUUUUGGGUACUGGAAUCAAUGACCUGUCGACCUAACUUAUUUAUUUUCUUCAUUUUGGAUGAUGUGAUAUGUAAUUAUGUUUAUUAGUAGUGCUAUACAUUUUGGUGAAA